AUGUUGGUGUCUCCGCCAAUACAACAACAUGAUGAUGGAGCAAGCGUGGUGUGGCCCACUCCUAUCCGAAGACCUUGUGUCGUCUCAGCGGCCUCCGAGUGUUGUUCAGUGCUGUCCACAACUGCGUUGCCUCCGAGGGAUCAAGCACUGCACCAUGAGAAACAAGAUCCUCCCAGCCGAUCGACGACCCACCUCGUCCAGCCUUCUCAAUCGCAGAAUUGCAGUGCCCUGUUUUCACACAAGUUCGUCCAAACUCAUAGCAUCAAUAUUGGCCAUGGCCAUAUGGGAGAAGUAGUUCCGCAAAGCGACAACGAGCUGCCCAGUGUGGCUCGGCCCGCCUCAGUCAAAACACCUCCGUCGGCAUGCAGCCACCCAGUCUCGCAUCGAGAAGCUUUGACGGAGGCCAUUCAGAAACACCAAGCCGCUGAUGAUAUUUUGCCCCUGGAUUCUUGCCCUAGCUCGUCGCCAACUCGUCAAGGACGGGACGACGAGCGCCAGACAAGCAUCAAUGCAGACGACACAGCGAGCCAGCUGGAUGAACCCUGCGAAGAAACGGAAAAGCGGUCAACUAGUCAUCGUGGUUCCGGAAUAGCUUACAACCUUCGUCCUCUCCCGCCCAAAAGGCAACUCACCGCGGAACAAAAGGACGGCGGGAUUGCGAUGCAGACGGCACAGCGAGCCAGCUGGAUGAACCCUGCGAAGAAACGGAAAAGCGGUCAACUAGUCAUCGUGGUUCCGGAAUAG